ACGGGGGGCUGACUGCUCAAUUCCCGCAGCCGCCAUUCCAGGCCGUGGCGGCGGAGGAGCGCGCUUCCGGGGCGACACGAGGGCCACGGAGUGAAAAUGCGGAGUGUGCGAUUUGCACGUGGGCAUUGCCGGCCCAGGAGCAAGGAAGUGGAUAUUUCUGCGGAAUGUUGGUAUUGUGGCCUGCGCCUGAAGCUGAAGAGCGCGCUGGUGGAGGUGCGCGCGCGGCAGCGGGUGCGGCUGCACUGCGUGGUGAAGCCGGGCAAGGCGGCGCGGCCCGACCUCACGCUCAGCUGGUUCAAGAACGGCACGCGCCUCGAGCGCGGAGACCGCAUCCGCGUCAAAAAGGGGCGGCUGGACAUCGCGUCUGCGCGGCCCGAGGACGCGGGCGACUACGUGUGUCGCGCCGAGCGGCCGCGCGCCGAGCGGCCCCGCGCCGACCGCCCCAGGCCGGAGCCGCUGCGCUGCGCCGAGGCCAAGGCGACGGUGCGCGUCGCCCCCGACCCGCAGCCGCCCACCUUUGGGCCUAGCUUUUAUAUAAAUAGCUAUUUAUUUAUUGUUAAUAUUAUUUAUCAAAAGUACUUUUUAUUCAUCCAACUCACAACAAAUUAG